CACCUAGGAAUAAAUUUUCUCUUUCAAAUCCCUCUCCAGCGUACUAGUAAUGUUCGAUCCACGUUUUUCAAAGACUGUUUAUAUGAAGUAUUUGAUGACUUGGAGUCAAAGAUGGAAGAUUCUGGGAAACAGCUACUUCAGUCAGUUCUCCACCUGAUGGAAAAUGGAGCCCUGGUCUUAACGACAAAUUUUGAUAAUCUCCUGGAACUGUAUGCAGCAGACCAGGGAAAACAACUUGAAUCCCUUGACCUUACUGAUGAGAAAAAGGUCCUAGAGUGGGCUCAGGAAAAGCGGAAGCUGAGCGUCUUACACAUCCACGGGGUCUACACCAACCCUAGUGGCAUUGUCCUUCAUCCAGCUGGGUAUCAGAACGUGCUCAGGAACACUGAAGUUAUGGGAGAGAUUCAGAAACUCUAUGAGAACAAGUCAUUUCUUUUCCUGGGGUGUGGCUGGACUGUGGAUGACACCACUUUCCAAGCCCUUUUCCUGGAAGCUGUCAAGCAUAAAUCCGACUUAGAACAUUUUAUGCUGGUUCGGAGAGGAGAUAUAGAUGAGUUCAAGAAGUUUCGAGAAAACAUGCUGGACAAAGGGAUUAAAGUCAUCUCCUAUGGAAAUGAAUAUGCUGAUCUUCCAGAAUAUUUCAAGCGACUGACGUGGGAGAUCUCCACAAGGGGUGGAACAGACUGUAGUACAUGAAAGGGCUACAGAAAUCACGGCCAGUAGACCAAGCUAUAAGGCCUUACCGCGGACAGGGUUUAACCAGUAAACUUACAAGAACCUAACACAGCUCCUGGGAAGCACCAAAACCUAGAGGUUGAAGGUUGGGGAUAAAGGGGAGGUUGUGAGUAAAUGUUCCAGUAUAAUCCUUCAUGCCUGCUGGUUCUUGAUCUUCUGCGGCCUGUUCCGGUUCAACGAUACCCAACUGACAACGGGACCCAAAUGCAGCCCCCACCCCACCCCCAGCUGAACAUGCCUGUGUCCACACAGCAGAUCAAUGUGAUACGUCCACUGACUGGCUGCAGCUCUGCAUGAAGGAUGGGCUCUAGAUGCUGUGGAAUUCCCAUGGCCCUUGCAGUUUUGUACUCUAUACCUGGUUUUUCAAUUAGGCUUAAUGGCUUUUUUAAGACAUGACUUGAAGCUCUAGUUUUCUAGAUCUUUUACAGUGUACAGUAUUUUACAUAAUUGAGCUGUAUUAAAAGCUUGUUCAUUUACUUCCCA